AUGGGGGGGGCCCCCAGCUGUGUUUCUUUAUCAGCAGCAGAGAAAGAGACAGAAGAAAAGGGUUCAGUAGAAGAAGAGGGUACAGAUGUAGGGGGGGCCCCCCUGGGGGGGGCCCCCCCACCAUAUGCUUAUGCAGGAGAGGGGGGCCCCCUCUAUGAGGGGGAGGGGGGGGCCCCCCUCCCCCCACCCUGCUGUGUUAUUCCUGUUGCUCUUGCGGGGGCCCUCGAGCGGGUGCAUGCAGAGAGCAGCAGACAGGUGGGGGGCCCCCCUGUGUCUUCUUCUUAUAGAGAGGGGGCCCCCCUGAAGAAAAAAGGGUACUACUUAUCUAAACCCUCAACAACGAAGAAAAACUCGAGAGAGGGGGGCCCCCCUGCAGCGUAUGGGGGGCCCCCCUCCUCCCCCAAGUACCCUUCCUCUCAGGGGCCCCCAAAGGGGGGCGGGGGGGGCCCCCAGCGGCGACGCAGCAGCAGCAAAGAGGGGCCCCCCAGCUAUGAGGGUACAGUAGAAUCAGGGGGGCCCCCCGUUCUGAAUUUGCUGCAGCAAGCAGCAAAAGAGGGCUUAGCUGAGAUAGGGGCCCGUCUAGCUAACAACGUCUAUCAGUGCCUACACCAAAGCAUGCGGGGGGCCCCCCAGGGGGCCCUUCAGGGGGCCCCUGGCCCCUGGCCGUGGGGCCCCCCAUGGGGGCCCCCUGGGGGGGCCCCUGUACAGGGGGGCCCCCAUGGGUUGGGGGCCCCGGGGGGGCCCCCUGCAGGGGCCCCCGUUGCUGGGGGGGCCCCCCAAGGCUCAGCGGGUGAAGGGGGCCCCCAGGGUACAGCAGAGAAAGGGAACGAGAAGCAGCAACAGCAGCAGCAGCAGCAGGAUGAGGACCAGCAUCAGCAUCAGCAGCAGCAGCAGCAUCAGCAGCAGCAGCAGCAGCAGCAGGAGGAGGAGGCUGCUGCUGCGUUUGCGCUUUUCUCUGCGUUGCGUCAGUUAGAGUGGGGAGAAAGAAUGAUGCAGCUGCCGUGGAGCCCUCCUUCGGUGUGUUUGGGGCUGAGUCAACGAGAGGAGAAGAAGUACAUCGAUGUUUAUUCUUUUGGAGCUGUCUUCUGGCAAAUUGUAAACCCUAAACCCUAA